AUAUUCGCUAAAUUGCCGGUGAAAUCCCUUAUCAGAUUCAUGUGCUUGUCCAAGUCGUGUUAUCAGGCCAUCUCCGAUCCUCAAUUCUUCUCCCUUCACCUCCAUCAUUCCAACCAAAGCAACAAACAAUUUCUCCUCCAAAUUAGUGGGGGCCCUCUAACCCUGCAAUCUUUGUCUUUCUGCCAUCAUCAAUUGCUUCGAGAACCGGUUACAUUGGAUCAACCUAUUCUGCUUCUGUCUGAUUGGCGGUGGGAAAUCGUCGGUUCCUGCAAUGGGGUUCUGUGUUUGACAACUUCUCCUCAAUCCAUUCACUAUAUAGGUUUUCUAAACCCUUCAAUUAAAAAGUUAAAGCUUGUUCUUUUUCCCAAUUUGGAGUAUUCCUUUUAUCCCUCUAUCGGUCUUUAUAGGUCGGUAGAUGGAACAUACAUUUCAACUGAAAUUGGGUUUGGUUUUGAUUCCCGCACAAGUGAUUUUAAGAUUGUGAUAAUUUUUCGAGAAAUAUCUGCAGAAAGAUGGAGACAAGUUCAAAUUUAUUCACUAAGAAAAAAUUCAUGGAAGGUUCUUAGUAAUGUUCCCAAUUCUUUAGACAAUAGAUAUGACUCAUAUGAGCCUCAAGUAGUUGUUAAUGGAGCUUUUUAUUGGUUUGUAAACUGUGUCAUCAGUGAUUGUUUCUCGAUCUUGAUGUUUGAUUUCACUGACGAAACAUUUAAAGAGAUUAAGAUGCCAGAUUGUUUCGAUGAAGAACUAUGCGAAUUUGAUAGCUUGGGGGAAGUCAAGGGAAAACUAUCCUUGCUGUAUUUUGAUAUAAAUUCUUCUACGGAUGUUUCAUUGGAGCUGUGGAUGAUGGAGGAUUCUGGUUGGGUUAGACAAUUUGUUGUCAAUGUUAGUCAGCUUUACGAACCUACAUGCUUGGCGAUGAAUGAUGAAGUUAUGCUACUGUUAACACAUCCUAAUUAUGAAGUUGGCCAUAUUCUUUCUCGUGACCUCAAGACCUUGGAGUUGACUGACCAUGGAGUUGAGGAGGAGAGUUCCUGUGCUUUUACCUAUACACCGAGCCUGGCCUUACUUGGGGAAGAAAACUAGUGGUUUGAGGACCUCUGAAUGGUAUGAUGUUUAACAUUGUUGUUGUACCAUUUCUCAAUUUGUUUUUGGUUUUCAUGAGACACUAUCUGUUAUCCUGUUUAAUUCAGUUUAUGUAUUUUGAUGACUCCUUUUUUACCAUUGUGCUUUCAGCAUCUCAGUCAUAGAGUAUGAGUUUUUUCUUGGUUGGAAUGGAAUGUCUUUUAUUACAAAAGCAGCAUCCAUUUCUGUCUUCAUCUCCCUACAUACCCCAUGAAAACAGAAUGGUACCGAAUGAAUUGAUUGUUGAGAUAUUCACCAAAUUGCCUGUUGAAUUGCUUGUCCAAUUCAUGUGCCUGUCCAAGCUGUGGUCUCAGGUUAUCGUUAAGUUCUCAAUUCUUCCUCGACCACCUCCACCAUGUCAAUCAAACAAGUAAAAAGUUUCUCCUUCAGAUUAAAUUCCUAAGAUCUCUGCAGCUUCGAUUAAUCCCAGAUGUAGAGAUAUUGAACUCGUCCUUGCAUGGUUGGCGGUUGUUUAAAAUUGUUGGUAGCCGUCAUGGCCUGCUACUAUUUUUU